AUGGCGCCAAACAAACAGUUCAAUACCGAAGCAACACAUCUCCCUCUCUUCUUCAACACGAAACUCACCGUUGUCGAGACCCUCUGGGACCUGGCCCUCGCCUACUUCACCAUUCGCACGGCCGCCAUCUACGCGGCCGCCACGCUCGCGGCCGAGGUUCUGCUGAGGUGCGCGGGAGGCUGGGCCCCGACGUCAGCGCGCGUGCCGACGAUGAUGCCGCUACGUGCGCUCCUCGUGGCGGCGUGCGCGUGGACGAUCAUCGCGCGGUACGAGAUGCCACGGGACUGGAGGUUUCGGGGCGCCGUGGGCGGGGUGGCGGGUGGGAUGCUGGCUAGUCUCGUGGGCCUCGUGCGGAUGGGUGGCUGCGGAAUGGACGUCGGGGUUGGGACGACGGCUGUGCUGACGGGGGUGAUGCCCCUCGCGUUGAUGGUCCUCGAGGGGCGCGAGGGUUAUGAGAGGGCGGGUGAAGGUGGCUAG